AUGCUCGUCGCCAAGGCGGUCAUUGGCUUCUUCACAAGCCUUGGUAUUCUCUCCAACCUACUCUCUAUCUCCACGCUGUUUAUCUUCAUGCUCGUCGUCGUUGCCCUUCUCGUCCGAGUCCAUCACGAACUCCUCCAAUUCUUCCAAUCCUGCGUCCCCACCAGCGAGCAAGCACUCGCCAAUCUAGUCGCGCGGGGUGACGACAAGCUCAUUGUGUGUCUCUGGCUUAUAAUUGGUUCUUCCAUUGGAACUGCUGCAUAUUGGGGAUUAAGUGAUGGUUGGAUCGGGUACACAAUAACUGUGCCAAUUUGGGUGAUUGGAACCGUUGGGCUUUGGGUUUUGGUUCCACAUGCAAGAAAUCCAGAACUUUGGGGAGUGCCAUUGGUUCCAUGGCUUCCAUCAACUUCGAUUGCGAUCAAUAUAUUUCUUCUUGGAUCGAUAGAUAAAGCGUCGUUCAUAAGGUUCGGGAUAUGGACUGGAAUUAUGUUGGUUUACUAUUUGUUUUUCGGGUUGCAUUUGUCGUAUGACAAUGCAACGGCGUCUGGGGAGAAGAGGAUGGAUGAUGGUGCGCAGUUGAAGGUGGUCGAAGACGGGGUUAACACUUCAGCGACUGGUUCUGGUUCAGCUGUCAUGAACGUCGGCAAUGCUUCUACAUUUGGUGGCAGUUUUUAG